AUGGGUUGGGAAGAUUUACCAACUAUCUUAUUAGAAGAAAUCUUCAGUUAUCUUUCACUUACACAUCGAUAUUACGCUUCUCAAGUUUGUCGGACAUGGUAUGAAGUAUUCCAUUCGCCAAUCAUUUGGCAUACAUUCAUAUUCGAUGGUUUGAUCUUCACACGAAAGAAAUUUAAUUUGUACCGUGGUUAUGAACGAAUUCUUAAUCUAUAUCGUGUACAAAGAUAUUUACCACGAAAAAGUCGAUAUAUCAAACAGUUGAUUAUCAAACCUAUUCCUGAAUAUCACAAUAUGUGUGACUUUCUGGAUAUGUUAACGAAUUUUAUUCAUCAUCACGAGCAGAAUGACUACCCGUUUCCGUAUCUUGACGAGUUUUCUUUUACAUUUCACGUUUUGAAACUGAUCAAUGAUGACGAAAACAAUCCUGAGCAUUUUCACGCUUACAAUGAAUAUCCAAAUGCAUUUAUACGUGGAAAUAAACGGUACUAUGGCACCGGUGGAACUAUCCUAGAGAAAUUACGCAAAUUCAUAUCAUCCGUUCGCUCACUAAAGCGCUUUCAUUUGAAUGAUCUCUUUCUCGCAUCCGAUUUUGACAUUGGGGCAUGUCUCGAGGAACUCUUAGUCAAUUCUGGUGAAACUCUCGAAUACAUCGAAGUACUGAAUUACACAUCGUAUAUUAUCCCAUUGUAUACAGUUGGCUUAUUUCCAAAUUUGCACACGAUAUCGAUUAGUCCCCAUUCGUUAGAUGAUGGCGUACUUCUUCUGUUUGCUAAUCAUUUAAUAUAUUUGCGUCGAUUGGACAUCGUUCACGAUGAAUUGACUAUAUCCCAUCGAUAUAGAGAUUCCGUGUGGAACGAAAUUGAAGAGAUCUUGAAGGAGAAUAAACGACGAUGGAAUAUUCGCAUGAUCACCAAGGGUAAAUGUAAAGAAGAGCCACUUUGGCCACAAGGUUCAGCUCCGAUACAAUCGAUUAUUUAUAACACUUGUUCGGUCAAGGUUGUGCAGACAUCUAUCUAUACUUGCAUGGAACAAUUCAGCGCGACUUUAGAAACCUAUGCUCACUUGAAAUCUAUGUGUCGUGUUUACAUCCCACGAUCAUUUCUCGAACGUGCCGAUACAGCCUACAUCGGUCUGGUUAAAACCACUCGAUAUUUACACACAUUAGCAAUCAAAGAGCGGAUAUCGACAGCCACUUGUCUUCUCAUUGCAUAUUAUGGCGCGAAAAAUAAUCUCAAACAGUUUUAUCUUCGUCGGAACUGUGUUAUUCUACGAAAUGAAUAUCGAAAAUACUUAUUCAGAGAAUCUGGUGACAAUAAUGAGUCUAUUCAUUCGUGGUUAGAGCAACAUUGUCGAAAAUACGAUCGUGUUGAAGAUGCGGUGUCAGUGUUAUUUGGACGAAAGUGGAAAAUGCUUACUGAUUGGGAAUAUAAUCGAAUAUGUUUAUAG